GCUGAAACACCAAAGACACCCUUUCAAAUUAGCAUGAAUGAUCUAGGGAAAAAGCUGUCUUAUUUAUCGGGAAUCAUCAUUGCAAUUAUUGUUAUAAUAGGAAUAAUUCAAGGAAGACAAUGGUUAGAAAUGUUGACAAUAGGAGUCAGUUUAGCUGUAGCAGCCAUUCCUGAGGGCCUCCCAAUAGUUGUGGUCGUCACUUUAGGUCUGGGGAUUUUAAGGAUGGCAAAAAAGAAUGCUAUUAUAAAAAAAUUACAUUCUGUCGAAACUUUGGGUGCUGUGAAUGUAAUUUGCGUGGACAAAACUGGAACCUUGACAGAAAAUGUCAUGACUGUUACCAAGAUAUUCACAUUGGAUGAAGAAAAUACAUUUGACUUAGAGCAUGGUUUGCCAAAUAAGACAAGUCCUGCCAUGAGGGAGGUUAUUAAGAUUGGUGGACUAUGCAAUGACGCUAUAAUAGAUGAUGAAGAGAAAAAAUUCGGGCAGGCAACAGAUGUUGCAUUGCUCGAUGUUCUCUACAAAAUGGGAAUGGAAAAUAUAAUAAAGGAAUAUCAAAGGAUUACCGAAGUUCCUUUUAAUUCUGAUCAAAAAUGGAUGUCAGUAGUUUGUAGACACAAGAACGAACCGGAUACAAUCUUUUUUAAGGGCUCGAUAGAAGCCGUGCUGGGGAGAUGUACUUCUUAUUACGUUUCAGAAACUCACCGGCCUCCACUAAAUGAUUCAUUGAGAGAAUCUGUGAUGCAACACACCGUUGCAAUGUCAUCUCUUGGGCUUCGCUGCCUAGGUAUGGCAUGCGGAUCUGAGAUCACCAAACUUACCUUCGUGGGAUGUGUUGCUAUGUAUGACCCACCAAGAAAAGGUGUUGAAAAGGCGAUUAGUAAAUUGAUUAGUGGAGGCGUCAAAGUUGUAAUGAUAACUGGUGACUCUGAACAAACGGCCGUCUCUAUUGCACGUAAAUUAGGAAUCCCCGUGAGUUCAUCAUCACGUCAUAGUUAUCUAACAGGAAGUGACAUUGAGUCCAUGACAAGUGAACAAUUAAGGCAUAAUAUUAAAUCUAUAUCAGUUUUUGCAAGGACUUCACCUAAACACAAAAUGGCCAUUAUUCAGGCUUUUCAGGAAAAUGGAUCUAUU